CAGUCACUGUAAGGCUUUGUUGCUAUUGUGGUGCCAGUUUGAUCCCUGGCUGAGGAACUUCGUGCAGCAGUUGCAGCCAAAUAAAAGAAUUUUGCGCAUAGUGAUGAUUUACUAUGUUUGAGGUUUCACUUGCUCGAUACUUUUGAGUAAGUUAAUGGAUAUUUAAGCUGUAUAGGGUUAAUGGCUCUUUAGCCACAAGACAGACCAAUGUUAGACAGUUUGUAUUAUAUGAUCAUUAAAUGUUUCCACUAUCACAAGCACUGGGUGCACAGUGAUAGUGUUCUGUAUAUAAAAAGGAGCUAAUGUAUUUGGAGGUAUGUGGGAGAUGUCGCAAAGCAUCAUACGCCUUGUGAAUUAGGAAAUACGGUGCAGUGUGAAUAGCAGGGGUACCACGUUGAUGGGUCCUGAAUACCCUUGAGGUUGAGGAAGUCCGUACCUCAAACUAAGCUGAAAACUAAAUUCCGCAGGCGGUGAUGGGACUGGGAAGCACCCGGGGGUGGAUGGGCAUGCGGGGUUGACGGUGAUGGCGCACUGACUACACUGCGCCUGCUCCACAUGGCUCCGGUUCUGCGCCUGCGCGUUGGACUCCAGCCUGUGUCUCGCGUUGCUUGUUUUGCGGGCCUAGGGAAGAGGCGGUCAGAAAGCUGCUUGUGCCUGAGAGAAUUUGUGAGGAUGCUGAGGCCUCAGAGUUCACCAGCCUCGCUUCCUGUACCUGGGGACUCCUACCUAUCCGUAGAGGUUCGACCCCAGGUUCCUCGAUGCAGUCUGGGACUCCAGGAGACUCCUCAGAGCGGCCCUUCGGCUCAGGCUGCCUCUGUGUCCUCCCUUCCCGACACGUCUGGCGCUGCGGGCGACCGGAGCAGCAGCAGCAGUCUGCCCCCGCGCCCGCCAAGCGCUCGGCCGGCCCAAGGUUCAUACUGUAAAAACAAAAGAUCUUAUGCAGAAAACACAUUUGCCUCAAAUUUUACUCUUGGUACAAGCUCAUCCUCUGCACGAGGUAGUAACUGUCCUCAAAUAGUAAAAACUCCAUUAUCUGCUGGAAAUCACCAGAGAUCAGGUUAUAAAAGUUGGACACCGCAGAUGGAAUAUUCAGCUACAUCCUCAUCUGCAGUUUCUGCGCACUCUCCAUCAGUUGUUGUAGCCGUUGUAGAAGGGAGAGGACUUGCCAGAGGUGAAAUAGGGAUGGCAAGUAUUGAUUUAAAAAGCCCACAAAUUAUAUUAUCUCAGUUUGCAGACAACACAACAUAUGCAAAGGUGAUCACUAAACUCAAAAUUUUAUCACCUUUGGAAAUAAUAAUGUCAAAUACUGCUUGUGUUGUGGGGAAUUCAACCAAGUUGUUUACCCUUAUCACAGAAAAUUUCAAAAAUGUUAAUUUCACUACUAUCCAAAGGAAAUACUUCAAUGAAACAAAAGGACUAGAGUACAUUGAACAGUUAUGCACAGCAGAAUUCAGCACUGUCCUAAUGGAGGUUCAGUCCAAGUAUUACUGCCUUGCAGCUGUUGCAGCUUUAUUAAAAUAUAUUGAGUUUAUUCAAAAUUCACUUUAUGCACCAAAAUCGCUGAAGAUUUGUUUCCAGGGUAGUGAACAGACAGCCAUGAUAGAUUCAUCAUCUGCCCAAAACCUUGAAUUACUAAUUAAUAAUCAAGACUCUAGGAAUAAUCACACACUCUUUGGUGUUCUGAAUUAUACUAAGACUCCUGGAGGAAGUAGAAGACUUCGUUCUAACAUAUUAGAACCUCUAGUUGAUAUUGAAACCAUUAACAUGAGAUUAGAUUGUGUUCAAGAACUGCUUCAAGAUGAAGAGCUCUUUUUUGGACUUCAGUCAGUUAUAGCAAGAUUUCUUGAUACAGAACAACUUCUUUCUGUUUUAGUCCAAAUUCCAAAGCAAGAUACGGUUAAUGCAGCUGAAUCAAAGAUAACCAAUUUAAUAUACCUAAAACAUACCUUGGAACUUGUGGAUCCUUUAAAGAUUACUUUGAAGAACUGCAACACACCUUUAUUAAGAGCUUACUACGGUUCCUUGGAAGAUAAGAGGUUUGGAAUUAUACUUGACAAGAUUAAAACAGUAAUUAAUGAUGAUGCAAGAUACAUGAAAGGAUGCCUGAACAUGAGGACUCAGAAGUGCUAUGCAGUGAGGUCUAACAUAAAUGAAUUUCUUGACAUAGCCAGAAGAACAUAUACAGAGAUUGUAGAUGACAUAGCAGGAAUGAUAUCGCAGCUUGCAGAAAAAUAUAGUCUUCCUUUAAGGACAAGUUUUAGCUCUGCUCGAGGAUUUUUCAUCCAGAUGACUACAGAUUGUACAGCCCUAUUCAAUGAUAAACUUCCCUCAGAGUUUAUUAAGAUUUCUAAAGUGAAAAAUUCUUAUAGCUUCACAUCCACAGAUUUAAUUAAAAUGAAUGAAAGAUGCCAAGAGUCUUUGAGAGAAAUCUAUCACAUGACUUAUAUGAUAGUAUGCAAACUGCUUAGUGAGAUUUAUGAACAUAUUCAUUGCUUAUAUAAACUAUCUGAUACUGUGUCAAUGCUGGAUAUGCUGCUGUCAUUUGCUCAUGCCUGCACUCUUUCUGACUAUGUUCGGCCAGAGUUUACUGAUACUUUAGCAAUCAAACAGGGAUGGCAUCCCAUUCUUGAAAAAAUAUCUGUGGAAAAACCUGUGGCCAACAAUACCUAUAUUACAGAAGGGAGUAAUUUUUUAAUUAUAACUGGACCAAAUAUGAGUGGGAAAUCCACAUAUUUGAAACAGAUUGCUCUUUGUCAGAUUAUGGCCCAGAUUGGUUCGUAUGUUCCAGCAGAAUAUUCUUCCUUUAGGAUUGCUGAACAGAUAUUUACAAGAAUCAGUACUGAUGAUGAUAUUGAAACAAAUUCAUCAACGUUUAUGAAGGAAAUGAAAGAGAUAGCAUAUAUUCUACAUAAUGCUAAUGACAAGUCACUCAUAUUAAUUGAUGAACUUGGCAGAGGUACUAAUACAGAAGAAGGUAUUGGCAUUUGUUAUGCUGUUUGUGAAUAUCUGCUGAGCUUAAAGGCAUUUACACUGUUUGCUACACAUUUCCUGGAACUAUGCCACAUAGAUGUUCUGUAUCCUAACGUGGAAAACAUGUAUUUUGAAGUUCAACAUGUAAAGAACACCUCAAGAAAUAAAGAAGCAAUCUUGUAUACCUACAAACUUUCUAAGGGACUCACAGAAGAAAAAAAUUACGGAUUAAAAGCUGCAGAGGCAUCAUCACUCCCACCAUCAAUUGUCUUGGAUGCCAAAGAAAUCACAACUCAAAUUACCAGACAAAUUUUGCAAAAUCAAAGGAGUACCCCUGAGAUGGAAAGACAGAGAGCUGUGUACCAUCUAGCUACUAGGCUUGUUCAAACUGCUAGAAACUCUCAAUUGGAUCCAGACAGUUUACGAACAUAUUUAAGUAAUCUCAAAAGGAAGUAUGAAGCAGAUUUUCCCAGGGCUGAACAAGUUUCAGGGAAAACUGAAGAAUAACAACAAUUCAUAUCUUACACUAAUGAAAUAAUAUGUCUUAAUGAGGAAUCUAGAAUGCAUUUUUCCCACGAGCAAAAGAAAAGAAUACUUGUUAAAUUUUAUAUUUUAAUUGAAAAUUACAUUAUAUUAUUCUCAGAAUUAUCUAUAUGUUCUAUAAAAGAAAGUAUUUGUUAUAUAACUUAAGAAGUAAAGGACUGAUUUUUACGUUAGAAAAAAAUCA